AGGUCAGCACGAUUACAAUUCAUUGUACAUAUAAACCAUGUCAAUUUGAUAGUUUCAUUUAUAUUGGCACACUUUUUCGCAUUAAUAAUCUACGAGAGCUGGAGGAGGAUAGAGAAUGGCAGGGGACGCAUCUGAUCGACCACAUAGAAAAAGUACAUUACACGAGAAACGGCGAGCGGAACGAAGAUCAAGGGCCAUUAUCGCAGAAUCUGAAGCACCUUCUGAUCCAACUGAAUCGCAAACCUUAUCAGUCAAUUCCCUAGCAAGAAUAAAUGAUUCCCUUGAACGAGAGAAGAGGAGAGAGGAGAGGAGGAAGUCAAGGUCGAGACCGCCAGUGAAUGAGGGCAAUGGACGAUCGAGGGAAAGAGUGUCGCCUAGCAAAGAUAGAAGACGAGAGCAGAGCGGUUAUGCGACGGAGGAUUCUAGCUCCCCGAGCAAAAAUAGAAGGAGGAGGGAACGCGAUUACGAUGAGAUUCCAGGUUCACCAAGGAGAGAAAGAAGGAGGAGAGACCAUGGAUACACCGAUGAUGAAUCUGGAUACCCCAGUGGAGAUAAAAAGAAAAGGGAGCGCGAAUAUUCGGACUACGAGACAGCGGCAGAAACAGCUCUACGUAUUCAAAAACAAAGAAGAAAGCAAAAUGGAAUCCCGGAACCAAAACAAAAUGCUCCGCGUAAAGAGCAACGGAAUUUGAAGAUGCCAAAUAAAUUUACAGAUGAUGAAGCAGUAUAUGAGAAGCCUCGGAAAGAACCUAAAACAAAGAAGCGGAGAGUUGUUAGUGGAGCACUUUUGGAAGAGGGUGAAGGAGAGCUGAAGCAACGAAGAAUAUUCAGCGGUGCAGGACUGAAAAAUGAUUUAAGGAAUCUGAAAGGGUUGCGAGGAGGAUACGCGCCUACGGAAUCAAGCUAUGAUAAGUAUAUCGAAAGUGAUGAGGAGUUUAAAAAAAGGCGGAAACGCAUAUGUGGGUGUUCAAACUCUGGGUCGCAAAAGUUAUGUUUAGCGCUGAUAAUGUAUUUAGGGAUUGGAAUUGGAAUUGGAGUAGUAAUCUUGAUAAUUAUAAUAGCAGUUGCUGUGAGCGCUAGCAAAAAGCACACAUCGAGUUCCCCUUCGCCUACAGCCCCCGCAUCAGGGAAUGGAAGUCCUCCAAAUUCAAAUCUUGGUGGCAUGUCAGAAAGUGAUAUUCCAGUUGCAGCUCAAGGGACAUAUUUGGAUCCUUUUACAUGGUACGACACGUUAGAUUUUAAUGUUACUUAUACGAACGAGACUGUUGGAGAUCUUCCAGUAAUGGGGUUGAAUAUUUCUUACAGCGAUAACGUAGCACCGAAUUCCAAUGCACCUAAAAUAUCUGCAGACUGGGGACCCUACACUUCAAGGCCAGCCAGAGGUGUUAAUUUAGGGGGUUGGCUUUCUAUCGAACCUUUCAUUACGCCAUCUCUCUUCAAUUCUUACUCAUCAGCAGAUGGUAUUAUCGAUGAGUGGACAUUGACCACUAAAUUGGGUGCCAAAGCAGCUGCAUCUACCCUCGAAAAACAUUAUGCAACCUUCGUCUCUGAACAAACAUUUGCCGAUAUCGCCGCUGCUGGUUUAGAUCAUGUUCGAAUACCUUACUCAUAUUGGGCAGUGAUAACUUACGACGAUGAUCCCUAUGUUUUUCGCACCUCAUGGCGCUACCUUCUCCGUGGUAUAGAAUGGGCUCGCAAGCAUGGUCUUCGUAUUAACCUUGAUCUUCACGGACUUCCUGGAUCCCAAAAUGGUUGGAAUCACUCCGGUCGCCAAGGACUUGUUGGUUGGUUAAAUGGAACCAAUGGCGACCUAAAUGCUCAACGCAGUAUUGAAAUUCACGAUCGACUCUCCAAGUUCUUUGCUCAAGAUCGAUAUAAAAAUAUUCUUACUUUUUAUGGCCUGGCCAACGAACCUAGAAUGACGGCAAUCGAUCCUAAUUCUGUUCUGAACUGGACAUCCGUCGUGACAGAUUUGGUGGUGAAAAAUGGCAUCACAGCGCAGGUCGUAAUUGGAGAUGGGUUUCGAGGGCUUGAAAAUUGGCACGGUGAUUUGACUAGUUUUGACAAUCUAAUUUUAGAUGUUCAUCAGUAUGUCAUCUUUAACGCUGGUCAAAUUCUUUAUAACCAUACGGAAAAAGUUAAUUAUGCCUGUACUGGCUGGACCCAGCAAACCGAAUUAUCCAUGAACAAAAGUACUGGAUUUGGGCCCACGAUGGUUGCUGAAUGGUCCCAAGCCGAUACGGAUUGCGCAACCUAUCUCACAAAUGUGAAUCAAGGGAAUCGAUGGGAGGGUACAUAUAAUUCUGGAGAUCCAUCAACAGAACGAUUGACGCCAGAUUGUCCCACACAGGAUAGUACAUGUAGUUGUACGAAUGCAAAUGCAGAUCCAAGUACUUAUAGUGAUACGUAUAAGAGCUUUUUGAAGAUGUUUGCAGAAGCGCAGAUGCAUAGUUUUGAGUUGGGUUGGGGUUGGUUUUAUUGGACUUGGGCUACGGAGACUAGUGAGGGCGGUGGGACACAGUGGAGUGAGUUCCCUCGUUUUCUUUUGCCUUAUGUUUUCCCUUCUUUAUGGUGAUGGACUGGUUGGUGGGAAGCGGGAUGGAAGAGAGAAUGGGAUGAAGGCGUGUGGUGAAUAUAUGAAUUUGGAUACUAAUAUACCAAAUUAAUAGGUUAUCAGAGAGCAUUGGCAGCAGGAAUUCUUCCAAAACUAGCAUACGAACCUGACUUUAACUGUUCAACGGCAAUUCCGAGCUUCAGCGAUUUACCUGAGUACUAUUAGAUAUCGCCGGACUGGGAUUCAACGGAGUAGUUGGGAAAUAUCGGAGAGAGUAUAUGUAUACGAAACGGAUUCGGAAAGGCGUGGAAAAGAAAACAGCAAGUAAAUAAUAUUACGACGCUAUGAAUAACUGAUGCAUAUAGAAGGGAUUAGACCAUCAACUUGAACUUUGCGGCAUAGCUCGAGGCGUCUGAAUGGAACUUUUUUAUAUCGAAGCUGGACUGGGAAGUAUUAAUGCUUGGAUUAUGUAUGUAAUAUAGAGUUGGAGAUAUGGAAUAAUACCUAGCCUAGGUAUUUGAUAUGGGGUUUGUAGAUCAAUAUCCUGUAAAUAUAUAAUUUGAUGGAAUUAAUAAUGUCUUUCUUUUAGGAUGAUGGGAGAGGAGAUCAAUGCAUAGAAUGAGGUGAAUGAGGUGAAUGAACAGAAUGAACACUACUCAACAUCAAAA